CGACGAGGGUUCAUGUUGCAUCCGGGUCCUGUCGCUUUAAGAGAGACUCCGCCCUCCCCCGCUUCGCCUUGGAGGUGCUGAAAACGCUCGGCUCGCUUCAGUACCAGCAGCCAUGGCCGAAAUAAAGACGGGGAUUUUCGCCAAAAACGUCCAAAAGAGGCUCAGUCGGGCUCAAGAGAAGGUGCUGCAGAAGUUGGGGAAGGCUGACGAGACGAAAGAUGAGCAGUUUGAACAGUGUGUGCAGAACUUCAAACGACAGGAGUCAGAGGGUGCCAGGCUACAGAGAGAGAUGAAGGCUUAUAUAGCAGCUGUGAAAGGAAUGCAGCAGGCCUCCAUGAAUCUGACAGAAUCGCUCCAUGAAGUCUAUGAGCCUGACUGGCAUGGCAAGGAUGAUGUUAUGUCCAUUGGAAAGAACUGUGAUGAAUUAUGGGAAGACUUCCAUCAGAAGCUGGUGGACUCCACAAUUAUCGCACUGGACACAUAUUUGGCCCAGUUCCCUGAUAUCAAGGUUCGAGUAGCAAAGCGAAGCAGAAAGUUAAUUGACUAUGACAGUGCACGGCACCAUCUCGAGACCCUGCAGACUUCCACUGUGAGGAAUGAAAAAAAGAUUGCAAAGGCAGAGGAAGACUUGAAAAAAGCCCAGAAGGUGUUUGAUGAUCUGAACGUGGAUCUUCAGGAUGAGCUGCCCACUCUUUGGGACAGUCGAGUGGGGUUUUAUGUGGACACCUUCAAGAGUGUCAGCAGCCUGGAAGCCAAAUUCCACAGGGAAAUCUCCUUUCUCUGUCACAAGCUGUAUGAGGUGAUGAACAAACUCGCAGAGCAACACUCAGACAAAAUGUUCACCAUACAAGGAGCACCCAGUGACUCGGGGCCCCUGCGCCUGGCCAGGACUCCAACGCCUCCCGAGGAUGAGAGUCCAGAGGGCAGCCCUGCUGUCAGUCCCAACCACACACUGAGACCUACUUCACCUGGUCCUCCUCGACCCAAAUCCCCCUCACAGCUCAAGAUGGGGCCUCCAAAGCCUCCUCCUCCCAAAGUCACUCCAACCAAGGAACUGGCACAGGAGCAAAUCAUUGACCUGUUUGACGGAGGCUUUCCUGAGAUCAGUGUCACUUCACCACAGCCGAAUGAGAAACCUGGAGAAUCUCUCCUGGACUUGGACUUUGAUCCGUUCAAACCGGACAGCAAUACACCCAUUGGUCAAACCCAAUCACCUGCAUCUCAGGCACUACCCUGGGAUCUAUGGGCGGCAAAUACUGAGGCCCAGCCUGCUCCUGAUGCUGGCUUCACUGCCAACUGGACAGCUGACUUUGGUUCUGCUGGAGCCAGUGCUGAAGAUUCGGGAGCUGUUCAGCCUGCGACUGAUGGGCAAGGCUGGCCUCCAGCAGACGGAUGGCCCACAGAGGCAGCACCUCAAGGAGAAGCAACCACAGACGAGGUGACCAACAAAGCUUUUAAUGGAUUUGCUCAGACGGAUGCGUCAGCACCAUUUGUGGCAGACUUUGAUAAAAUGCCUGAGGCCCCAGAGGGGGCAGAGGCUGGUACAGAGGCAGCCCCAGAAGGUGAGGGGGUCCUAGCACCAGAGGGUGAGGGGGCCCCUGCACCAGUCGCUGAGGUUGGCGAGGGGGGCCCUGUCACUACUCCUCCUGCAGAGACCACAACUGAACCAGCAGAGUCCACUGCUGCUUCUAGCCCUCCUGCAGAGACAGCUCCUAGCACAGUGGAGUCUCCUACGGCUGCUGAGACUGAGGCAGCAGAGCAGACUGAGACAACUCCAGCUGAAGACACAGAGAAAGAGCAAGUCAGUCAAGAGGCGCUGGAAUCUGCUCCAGCGGCAGAAGCAGGACAGGAGUCACCUGCAGAGGUUUUGGCCUCUGCAGAAGAUAAAGAGUCUCCUAUUGAAGAGACUCCGACCAUAGAGACCAAACCAGAAGAUGAAGCUGGUAAAGUAGAAACCAAACCAGAAGAUGAAGUUGGCACAGUAGAAACCAAGCCAGAAGAUGAGGUUGGCACAGUAGAAACCAAGCCAGAAGACGAAGCUGGUACUGUAGAAACCAAACCAGAAGAUGAGGCUGACACAGUAGAAACUAAGCCAGAGGAUGAGGCUGGUACAUUAGAGACUAAACCAAAGGAUGAGGCUGGUACAGUAGAGACCAAACCAGAAGAUGAGGCUGGUACAGUAGAGACCAACCCAGAAGAUGAGGCUGGUACAGUAGUGGUCAAACCAGCCAAUGAAACCAGUAAGGAGGGUGCAGAAAAGGAGGAGAAGAUGCCUAUUCCUUCUGUAGUAAUUGAACCUGCAUCCAGCAAUGAGGGCGAUGAUGACCGUGAUGGUGACAUAACAUCUCCAACAGCAACCAGUGGAAAUGACGUGACACCAGACAGCCAAAUAGCCAAAGACAUCUCUUCCUCUGGCAUGCCUCCAGGCUUCAUAUUCAAGGUUGAAACAAUGCACGAUUUUGAGGCCGCAAACCCUGAUGAGCUUGAGCUGAAGAGAGGAGACAUAGUUCUUGUUGUUCCUACAGAGCUAGUGGAAGAUCAGGAUGCUGGUUGGCUCACUGGCAUUAAGGAGAGUGACUGGCUACAGCACGGCGCCUCUGCUCAGAAAGGACUGUUUCCAGAGAACUUCACACAGCGUGUGGGCUAAAGCCUCAAAGCAUGCCGGAGCAGGGCAUGCAGCAGCCGAGAGCUACAGACAGACCCACUAGCAUGGAGUCUGGCGCCCUGACUGACAACCGUCAAUCGGAGCGAACAAGGCAAACUAUAUCCAAGAGGACAAAACACAAUCAACAAAACGAGUGGAUACACGAACCCCUACUCAGAGCUUAAAGAAAAUAACAGAGCAUGAUGCGAUAGUAUGGUCUACCUUCCUCUCGAACCAAGACCUCUCUGUUUUUGUUUGUUUACCUGUAAGCAGCAGCGAAUUGAUGUGUGCUUUGUUGGAACUGUGGUGACCUCCACAUGUAACCCCUAUCUGUUUAAAGGAAAACUAAAAAUGGGAGUUCUCCUCUAAAGACAAAAAAAUUAACCUUAUCUUCUCUGCACCAAGUGUAUUGUAUUGAGUUUGUUGCUCUGCAGCAAAUUUUAUCAGAAUUUGUAGUGAUAUGAUCUAUUUAACCGUUCUAAGUGUUAACGCGAGACUUCAAUGUUUUCUUUGAGACAUUUCAGACCUAAAUGUUACCUUGCAUCAUUGUUAGUGUUCUCUGUAGUUUUCCUGGCUGGGCGUGUACAGCUGUGGUGAAAACAUUUGGCAUAACUGACAUCGACACUUGUUUAUUGACAAGAGUGCUCUUUGCCAAAUGAAUUAAAUCCUUAGUAUGUUGAGUUAUGAGCAUGCAAAAUGUUUCAAGAAGAAUGGCUGGGACCUGGCAUUUGGCAAAUACAGCUUUGCAAAAUACUAAACGUUGUUCCCUACUACAGAAACGUCCGUAUAUCCACAAUUAGAUAAAAUACUGAAAUUAUCCUGUGAACAUGUAUGGAAAAAACAAGAUGUUGAAUGCAAUUUUAUGUGUUGAGAAAUUCUAUUUAUUUAACUUUAUAUUUUUUAAGCUGAAGCUCACUGGGAGAGUUCUGGGGUGGGGUAUCUGCAAAAUAUGCAAUAUAUGUCAUUUGGUUUAAAAGGUAACCAUUGUCUUGAUUGUUUAGUUUUAGAGGGUAAAGGUCACUCCUGUGUUUGUACUGUUACUCUUCACUGUAGAGAUUUUCGUGAUGUACAUAUCCGUGUUAAUUUAUCUAUAAAGUGAAUAAAGAAUACUUCAUAUGGUUAUAUGUUCAUCUUAA